GUUACGCGUUUGUGAACAUGAAGUACCUCAGCGUUCUGCUGUUCGUCAUCCUAAGCUUGAGUGCUCUGAUGAGCGUCACUCAGGCCAUUUAUUGUCCCUGUGAUUUGAAAAAUAAAAAGCCUGUCUGUGGUUCAAACGGAAUUACCUAUGUCAACCGUUGUGAAUUCGAGUGCACCCAGCGUGAAUACAGAAAAUUGGGACGUGUCCUAAACAGCGUUAAAGAUGCGCCCUGCUAGAUAUUGAGUACUGUGACCGGA